UUAAUUAUUCGAAGUCAUUUAAUCGUACGAAGCUGAUUCAUUACAAUCUCUUGAACUAAGUGACAAAUGUGAUCGUAUAAAUAACCAGUGGCUUUAUCGUACCAAUCGGUACCCGCGUGUUAUUCAAAGUAGUAACGUGUGGAGCCACUGAACUUUUCUCAGGAAAAGGCCGGCAGCCCGGCACGCCGUGCGUAACGUCGCCUCAAGUCGCCUCGUGCGAUGCGUGAAGCGUAAAGCGUGAUGCGUGAUGCCUCUGUCGUCGGAGUGACUCUCUCGAGCUACGAGGCUACGAAAAUAGUGGUGACUCUCGUAACUUUCUGAAAGAGAAGGAGAGACCGGAAUACCAAGUCUCUAUGUGGUAGAAUCCGAGUGAAGUGUUCCUCGAGAAAGUGAUUCAAAAUACGUCAGCCAUCUUGCUCGUGUUCGGAAGUCGAAUUCGGCAAUAGUCGGUGGAUACAUCGGCACCGGCAGCGGUAGCUUCGCGUUCGCUCUUGUUCUCCCUCUCGCCCUGUUCUCUUGAUCGCACUCUCUCCGUUACCCGGUGUCUCGUUUGCUCUUACUCUCUUUUUGUCCCCCGCCCCUCUCCCCCGUGUCCCCACCACUACGGUUACGGUAGCGAGCGCAGUUGCGUCUGAGAACGCGCAGUCGCUGCUCUUGGCAGUAGAGGGUCCGUGGUCUUGUUUUGUGAUAUCCGUUGGCCGGGUGGUCGGUUUUGCGCGCGUUUUCCAGGGUAAAAUCAGUGGUAGUCGCUGGUGAGUGAUAGGCGAGCGUGCACAGAGCGCGAGUGCACAUCAUUGGACGCAGUGAUAAUAGGGAUUUUUUGAAUGCCCGCGAGUGCGAGCGAAACAGCGAGCGAUCACUCCGGUGGUGGGGAUCCUCUCCAGCCGCCUGGCUGCUCGUGCCCCUGCUUGCCAAAAUGAAAAUGGCGGUGUUCUGUUGAACGCAGCGACGGCCACUGACGAUGCUCGUUAUUUUAACGGACACGUGAACCGUCUGUGUGCGCGAGAAUCGGAUCCCGUGUGCUGAUAGACGCGUGCUGCCGAGACUGGACUGGAAGGAGAGAGAGGUAGCGGCCCCGUGGCUUAGGGACACUGGACGACGGCCAAACAAACACGAUGAAGUGACACGGGUGAAGUGUUGACUCCACGCGCUCUCUCUCUCUUUCUGUCUGUCUCUCUCUCUCUCUCUCUCUCUCUUUCUAUCUAUCUCCUCUCCCGUCCUCUCCUCUCCUCUCCGCUCCCUGUCCCCUUUCGUCCGUCCCUCUCGGCUCCCCUUCUCACGCGUUCUCUCUUUCACACGGAGUGCCGAGAAGUGGAGAAGUGUCGCCGAUACGCAUUGCGAGGGAGGUGGACAAGCCUUCAUGCCGAUGCCGGCCGAAUACCACGAGAGCCACGGUAACCACGAGAACGCCAAUUUCGGGCUCGCGGCCACACAGGACGCCAGCAACAUGACGGCCAAUAUGUACCGGGUGGGAGAUUAUGUCUACUUUGAGACGUCUUCGACCUCCCCCUAUCAGAUACGAAGAAUAGAGGAAUUACACAAGACGGCCAACGGAAGCGUGGAAGCCAAGGUGAUGUGCUUCUUCAGGCGAAGAGAUUUACCUUCCACCCUGAUUAUGCUCGCGGAUAAGCACCAGUUGGCAAGCGCGGAGCAGCAGAGGUCGGAAUCCCCUGCAAGCACGCAGAGUCAGAAACUUGAGAAUCCGGACUCGACUAAGGAUAUGACUAGUAAAGAUGGGAUCGGGCCCAAAGUCAUGAACAAAGGGGGCGGUAAGGGGGGCUGGCUGAAGGCCCCACUAUCGGAGGCCCAAGAGCCCCACGGUAUGGAUGAAGGAGCUGGCGGCGGAGGCGUUUCGGAAUUAAGUACCAAACAACGCCACCAGAUGAAGCACAGAGAGUUGUUUCUCUCGCGGCAAACGGAAACAAUAGCUGCCACCCUAAUAAGAGGAAAGUGCUGCGUUACCUUGCUGAACGAGACUGAGUCCUUACUGAGUUACCUUAACAAGGAGGACUCCUUUUUCUACUGUCUGGUUUUCGAUCCGACACAACGGACCCUGCUCGCUGACAAAGGCGAGAUCAGAGUUGGCAGUAGAUACCAGGCCGAUAGUAUCGCAUCGGUGUCUUUGACUGCCGCUGAAAGAGAAUCGGAUCCUCGUAGAUUACAGGAUCUAGAAACCCUGGUGUGGACUCCACGUCACUCGUUAACCGAUCGACAGAUCGAUCAGUUUCUUGUUGUCAGUCGAUCGGUUGGUACUUUUGCGAGAGCUCUCGACUGCUCAUCCUCCGUCAAGCAACCAUCCCUGCACAUGUCAGCGGCUGCUGCGUCUAGAGACAUUACCCUCUUUCACGCGAUGGAUACCCUGCAUCGGCACUCUUAUGACGUAGCCAAAGCCAUGUCCUCCUUGGUACCCAGUUCGGGUCCUGUACUCUGCAGAGACGAGAUGGAAGAAUGGAGCGCUUCCGAGGCUAAUUUAUUCGAGGAGGCCCUUAAUAAGUAUGGGAAGGACUUCUCUGACAUUCGUCAAGACUUCUUACCCUGGAAAACGCUGAAGAACGUCAUUGAGUACUAUUAUAUGUGGAAGACGACGGAUCGUUAUGUACAACAAAAGAGGGUAAAGGCCGUCGAGGCUGAAAGCAAAUUGAAACAAGUUUAUAUACCAAACUACAACAAAGCGCCAUCUUCGUCAACCGCGCCUAAUAUAACCACCGUUGUACCAAUGGGCAAUAGUAACAGCAGCAACGGGAAGACCGCUAGUAUUCUCAAUGGUAGUAGCAAUGGUAACAUCACGGGCGAUGCUAGUGGAAUGCUUGUCGUUGGCGUUGGCGGAAAACCCUGUGAAAGUUGUCAAAUGUCACAAAGUCCUCAGUGGUACGCCUGGGGUCCGUCGCAUAUGCAAUGUCGACUCUGUCAGUCCUGCUGGCUGUAUUGGAAGAAAUAUGGAGGGCUCAAGUUCCAAUCAAUUCACUCCACGUUUCAGGUGCCAACGCGCAUCGACGACGUAGACCUGGACCGCAAAAGAGGCGGUGCAGGGUCUGACGAGGAAGGAAAAGGAAUAGGUGGUGCUCAUCGACCACACAGAUGCAGCAUUCCGUCGUGUGGCAAAGAAUUCAAGCUCAAGGCUCAUCUGAGUCGUCAUUACGCUAGUGCACACGGUGUGGAUUUGCGCGGAAGUGGUACUGGAGGGGGUGGCGGUGGUGGUUCACCGAGACCUGUCAUGAAAACACGAUCAGCCUUUUACCUACGUACCUCGGCACUGGCGCGUGCAGCGCGCAGACUUUGUGCGGCUCAAUUGCGAACGCGUCACGCAGCACGUGCUCCGCAUCAACCCGUGAAUGCAGCACCUCUACGUCACCUUUGUGCUUCACCUCAGCUCACAUCCAAGAGUCCUGCCGAACUCCGCCUUUUGGCACGAGCUGUUCGACCUCGACCCCGUCCUCGUGUCACCGAUAUUGCCACUCGUCUAGGCGAUCAUCCAUCGCCUCGGCAACCCGGUGAUUGGGACUGGCUGGCUCUUACGGCACCGGCUCAACGGAAACAACCUGAUCGUGUUUCGUUUCCACGACCACCCAAGGCGCCUGACGGCAGUCUGCUGUAUGAGAGAGUACCAAACAAACCGGAAGUAGACAGACUGCCACUAACUCCACCCCAACCUCAACCUGCUAUGCAGACACAACAGACUAUUCUAAAACGCACAAGGCCGCCGUUCGACGAGAUCAACGGCUCGGAUGGCUUCUACUCGGAUGUGGAUUGGGAUGAAGGUAUAGCCCUGAACGCAGGGCUUCCAUGCGGACCACCAGCUAAAAGGGCCCAUCAUUCCCAGCAGUUGCAUACAAAACAUGCUCUGGAACACGUAGCACCUAGCGUACUUCCUUUAGCACCACCACUUAACGGUAGAGCCGCCCAUCCUCAUUCUCUUCCUCACGGACCACCUCUCUCUAGAAGCAAUGCACGGAAGCAGGUGAUUUCAUGGAUGGAUGCACCCGAUGAUGUAUACUUCCGGGCCUCGGAUCAGGCCAAGAGACUCAGAAGGACACUCUCAUCGGUGGAACUACGGAGAGCUGCGCGCAAACCUUGGCGCAGAUUACCGGCUCCUCUGCAUCCUCCUCAUCCACAAAGGGCGUCACGGGGUGACGACAUGGUGGUCAUUCUCGACUGAACAACUAAUACAAUCCGUUAGGCAAACUAAUAUGAAUCAGUCAACCACAGAGAAAUUAUGAUGUAACUGUACCCUUAAUACCACAGUGCUCGGAACCACAAUUGCGAUUUAUGUUCUGUGAUGGGCAGCUCGUCGAUUCUCAACGCGAAGAUCGAUGGCUGUUCUAAAAUUUCUCAGUGCCCUUUGGUGUAGGGUCGUUUGCUUCGAGUGAAUUGGGUUGGCUGGUUGGGUGACUGGGCUGCUGGAUACUGCAGGUGGGAAAUAGGGUGGGACUGGGUGGGUGGUGGGUGGAAGGAUGGUUAGGUGGUUUGGAAAGGGUAAGGGAGUGAAGAAGAGGUGGGUAGGGCGGAGAAGAGGUGGAGGGACUAUGUGAACUGGCAGUGGUACGGUCGAUCGAGACGAAUCCGGAAAUCUCACUCUGCCGUGUUGCGCGCACCAGUGACGCUGGCAUGCUCCCAAAAGAAGAAAGAAAUAAAAGAAAAAUAAAUAAACGGCAAACAAACAUGAUGAAAAUAUGCAUGUACGUAUGGCCGGAAGACAAUUUCUCUGGAAUUAAUGUUGAUUGAACUUAACGAAUCGAGUCAUUCGCCGUGAAUCACGAUUUUCUAUUCGUAUUAAUUAAUUAUUGUUGUUAUUAAUAAUAAUAAUUAUUAUUAACUGAAUGUACAUAUACAUACAUACCACACACAUUCAUACACGCAUAGCCAGGCAAAUAAUGUUCAGGUAUGUGGACACGACUUUGAAGUUGAUAGGAAUCUGGCCACGUGCGCGCGCAACGGCUACUACACGCGCACGUUGCGCUCGCUCCUCGUGUCGGAUGGUAAAUCAAUGCGUAACGAUCAUAAUGAUAAUGCUGAUGAUUGCGGUGAGGAUGAUUAUCAUAAUGAUGACGAUUACGGUUACGUGGGGGAAGCUGUUGAUGCUGACGAUGAAUAACGAUAACAGUGUGAGGACGUAAAUGGAGUGCGUGAGGGAUGAGUGUACGUCUCGUGAGAAUGAAAAAUGAUUUAAGAUGAGCAAAAGAGCGAACCGCGUGAGAGUGCGUGUUGUGUCGCGAAUUGAGAGUGCGGAUGCUGCGUGCAUCGAUGAGCGCGUCAGAGCCGGAGAGAACGAGGUUGCGCGCACGAGAUACAGCGAGAGAGCGUGAGAGAAAGAAUGCUCAUUGUGAAUAUUUUUAUUAAAUUUUCAAGUUUGAUGACAUCCGUCGCAACAAUUAAUAAAUAAACAUAAGCAUGAGUAAGUGGGAAAAUAUCUGUAUUCAUCCUCUCCGGUUAUUCCAUCCUCGCGGGACGCCAUUGCCCGUUUCUCUCUCGUGACUGCUUACGCCGACGUUUCUCUUGCAUCGAUUAUAAGUUAUCUUUUUUUUAUAAUUAUUACGACCGGAUAAGUUCUCUCUCACUCGACGAUAAGGAUACUGCUAGUUGCGAUUAGCAUAUUCGAGAUGUACGAUUUAAUUUUUUUUUCUUAUAAUUAUUAGGUUUUCUUAACAAAUAUACUGUAGCGGAUCGUCUUGACGUCAGGUAUGGUUCGUGACUGAAACUUUGGUACGGAUAAUAUCGAUAUUGUUCUUGACUUUACGAAAUUCGAUGAGUCCAGAUCAUAUUUUUGUGCGUUUUCCAUCCCUCCAAAAAAAAAAAAAAAAAAAAAAAAAAAAA